AUGGUUUCGCACUCAAGGGUAAGAAAUAAGACGAGGGAUGGGAUGGGAUGGGAAAUUAAAACAAGUUCAGAAACACCUGCGAAUAUUUCCUUAGGAUAUUUUCACUUCACUCAACUCGAAAGUAUUCAAUUUGAUUUGAUUGCAAAUGAAUUCAAAUGCCUAUUGGUUAGAAGAACUUUGAAGUUGAAAUUGUGUCAAAGAUAUUUCAAGCUGCAAAUUUAA